AUGCUAACGAAUCAUGAUGUUAAAGUUGUGUGUAACAAUUGUAACCUAAAAAAGGCAGAACUUGUUAACAUUCUACAGCAGUGGAUAGAAGUGGCCGUGGAGGAACCGGAGUUCACGGAGCAGAUCGAGAAUGUUACAGUACCCGCUGGACGCAACGUGAAACUUGCCUGUUCUGUCAAGAACCUCGGAACCUACAAGGUGGCGUGGAUGCACUUCGAGCAGUCUGCAAUAUUAACUGUACACAACCACGUGAUCACACGAAAUCCUCGCAUCUCUGUGACACAUGACAAACAUCGAACUUGGUUCCUCCAUAUCAGUAAUGUCCAAGAGGAGGAUAAAGGCCGGUACAUGUGUCAGAUCAACACGGUGACCGCGAAGACGCAGUUCGGGUACCUACACGUAGUGGUUCCACCCAACAUCGACGACUCUCUCAGCAGCUCUGACGUCAUUGUGAGGGAGACGGCAAACGUGACUCUGACGUGCCACGCCACUGGUUCUCCACCCCCGAUCGUCAAAUGGAAGAGAGAUGAUGGUAGCAAAAUAGCCAUCAACAAAUCCUUGUCAGUGGCUGAAUGGGACGGCGAAGUUCUGGAGUUGACUCGCAUCAGCCGACUAGAUAUGGGCGCUUACCUAUGCAUCGCGUCCAACAGCGUCCCCCCGACAGUCAGCAAGAGAAUUAAAGUCAGCGUCGACUGUAAGUAUCUCGAUCCUUAA